AUGGUCUCCGACAGCGCUCCCAGCAGCGCAGGUCCAUCGGUCCGCAACAACAAGGAUGACAUCGACCCAAGCAAAAGUUACAUCCUCACUCUACCCACAGAGCUUCUCACCAUGACUGUUGAGAACCUCACACAGGAAGAUUUAGGCAUGGUUCGUCGCACUUGCAAGACACUAUGUGGUAUAGCGACAGUCAUUUUUGCUCGCAAGAUAGCCACAACUCUCCGACUGGACUUUUCGAAGGAAGACAUGGAUCGUCUAGUUGGUCUGACCGGACAUCCUGUCUUUGGUCCGAUGCUGAAGAGUAUCAGCUUCAGCACGGCUCAAUACAACGAGAUCAGGCACCCAUAUUUGAAAGACGAGUAUCCAUCUAAGCAUGGUUCGGAAAAUGCUCCCACAUUCGUUCGAGAUGUGCGUCAGCACAAUGUUCGUGCGAAAAGGCACAGGAGGUAUCUCCACAGCGGAACUCACAUAGCUCAACUGACACAAGCUCUGCACAACCUGACAGCAUGUCAUAACAAACUGAUCAAUGUGGGGUUUCACGACAUCGAUUACAUACUGAAAGCCGAAAGUCUGUGGCCCUUUGGAAUCUCUACCAUCCCGGUAGAAGAAAGUUACUCGGCUACCAUGGAAGCUAUCGGCAACGCAGUCGAGCUGAGUCGCUUCGAAGUCAGACGUGUCAACAUCUACCUCGAGACCCAUCAUAAAGAUCACGAGGAGAUCUUCACAAGCAACAAGUUCUGGCGGACCAUACAGUCAGCCGCAGAGCUUUGUAUUGAUACUGACUGCUGCUUUGACUGGUCUACUACAGAAGUGACCUCGAACAGGUCCAAACUUACGAUGACCGGUCACAGUCUGGAGACCAACAGAAAGACUACUUGUUACGUCAAACCGCACUAUCUGAGCAAGAGGUACUCUCAGAUAUGGGACAUCAUAUACCAAGACAAAUACCGAGAAAUUUGCUUGAAGAACUGCGAUGCACACUACUGCGUUCUCAGCGAAUUCAUCGGCACCACUAUGUCAAAAGUUAAGCAUCUCGAGCUUCACAGAAUCAAUAUUUUGCAGUCUCCAUAUCCACAAGAGAAUGGAAUGCCCAAAGCCACUGGUAUUACAUUCUGUCAAUGUCUACAGAAGCUGCAGAACCUGGAAAGUCUGAAACUCUACGAAAUUAAGAAUCGAGCCAUUGGCUCCAUCCAAUCUGAGCAAGUGCACUGGGAAGGUCAAGAGCAGAUCCAGGCUGGUCUGAAUGAUCUCAUUGGAAAGAUGACGACGUGGGAGUGGAACCAGUAG